CACUCGUCGGUACACGGCACGCUCCACUCCUGACUGGUUCGGCUCCUCCGUCACUCGCCCCCUCUCAGUUUCUCAUUCGACCUCACUCUUUCUUUCUCUCUCUUUCUCUCUCUCUCACUUGUUCUCGCGCUCCGUCUCCCUCUUGCUCGCUUGCGCGCUCCCUCUCUCUUCCUCUGCCUCUAUCUGUCUCUCUUUCCCCUUCCCCGCGUUUUCCCUCUCCGUCGUUGCCCCUCAGGUCUUCGCCUGACGACGCUGCUCUCUCGGGCAUUCCGCCGGAAGCCAACGUCGCGUGAGGACACGUAUCCGAGGUAUCGUAAAACGCGUACACGCCGCAGCCGCCGCCGCCGCCGCCGCCGCAAUCGUCGCCGCUUUCUAGUACACUCGAGCCGAGUUCGAGUCGCGAAACAGAGUUUAUCGUACGAGUACCGACGCGCAGAAGACGAUUCAACCGACAUGAGCACCAAGGAAAACAACGAGGUCGCGGUCGAGAAGGUGACGGAGAACGAUAAGGCAUCCGGAGACGCAAAGUGCGAAAUCAAAGGGAUCAAGAGGCCAGCCGAGGAGAAGAACGAAGAGACGAAGAAACAAAAGAAAGAGGAGAAUGGAGACGGAGAGGUAGAAGAGGAGGAAUUGGAAGAGGAGAUCGAAGAAGAAGAGGAAGUUGACGGUGACGGUGAGGAGGAUGACGAAGACGAUGACAUACCGGAAGGUGAAGAUGAUUUGGAAGAGGGUGAAGAAGAGGAAGAUGACGACGCGGAAGGUGAAGUGGAAGGUGAAGUAGAAGACGAAGAGGAGGACGCAUAAUGAAGAAAGGGGGAAAAUAUGUAAUUAAGAAGGGAGGCGUUAGGCACGUGACGACAUCAUCGUCGAUUUUCGGCAGUUUCAGCAAACUUACUCUCAUAUUGAGUGGUUGGUAAUAAUGUUGAUAUCCAUCGUGCCCAAUCCAUGUUACUGGAUCCUUCCGACCUACGACUAAAAAUUACCACCUCACCAGAAUUGUGGCGGGCUGACACGCAUUAGAUGCGAUCGCAAUUCUAUUUGUCUUGGCUCAUCGCAAUUCUGGUCGUCUAGCCGUCACCAAAUGCUGUCAGGUAGUUUGAAUGAUAACCAUAUAUUCGUCCUGAGGACUAGAUGAGUUCGAUCUUAUCUUCUAUCUAGGCUUUUAUUUCGAUCGUUUAUACGUUCGUUUGUUCACUCGUUCGUUCGUUCGUUCGUUCGUUCGUGCGUUCGUUCGUUCACUCGUUCGUGCGUUCGUUCGUUCGUUCGUUCGCUCGCUCGCUCGCUCGCUCGCUCGCUCGUUCGUUCGUUCGCUGGCUCGCUCGCGCGCUCGCUCACACGGUUCCCAAGACGAAUCUAUCGUUUUAUCCGAACCACCUACUAACCGGUAUUUGCCGUCAUCUGGCUUUCUUCGCGUGACCGUUUUAUAAUGAAAACUUAUUUAAGAAAUAAAAAAUAUUAUAUUUAAAUAGUUGUAAAAUGGACAUUUAUGGUGAUUUUUUUUUACAUUAAAAUCAAAUUUACGUUUGUAGUUCGACGGAUGUCUCUCACCUUGUGCGUGUGAUAUGAGUUUUUCUUCAGAAAUGAUAAUUGCAGUGUCUUCACAGGAGCGCGAGGUUAUCGGACAGAAUUAUGCGCAUUAUGUUUGCGCAAUAAGGCAAAUAAAUAAAUAAGUAAAUAGGCAUGAAUGGACAUCUCUCGACAUUCAGUAUAUACGAAAGAAAAAGAAAGGAGGAAAAAAAGAAAAUAAAACGGAGAAUCUAUAUGAUAGAGACGCUUCGUGCUCCUGUUUGAUAUAGAGACAGAAAUUGAUAAGAUUUAAUGCAACGCUCGCGUCAGGUAGUGUGGAUGAGUAAAUAUAUGACUUUAACAUUGCAUAAUAAUUAUACAUAGUAUGUAUAAAGUUACGAAAUAAGAAGCAUUCUAUUAUUAACGAAUACUAUUAUGUAAACGUAACGUAAUUGCGGAGAGGUUGUUACACUUUAGGCUUGGGCAUAGAUAAGGGAGAGCAUCGAACAGUCAACUCGCCAGUUGAAUUGCUGUAAGGGGCACCAUCACCCUUCUCGAUUCCUUUAAAGCAACAAUAUCAUUUUUUGUAGGAGAUAAGAGUUCAAUUACAUGUAGAUAAAUAUAUAUAUAUAUAUAUUUAUAACUCCAGAACUGCCGUGUGUUGCAUGACGCGAAUUACAAAAGAAAUUAUCGAGCUACGACUAAUUAUGUGACGAUUAUAUACACCCUCUCUCUACAGAGAUAUUCUUACCUAAACAUAAUUCGAGCGCGUUUCGGUUACUCCUUUUAUGUAUCGUAAUCUUUAUCUUGACCUGGACUAACUUUUAGCAAUGGUUCGUUGACUCGUUGCAAAAUAAGUUGGCAAUAUUUGUCCUCGUCCUUUUACCGUACACAGUGGAAUCUGUAUUUGAAUACUGACGUGUACUCGUUAUAUUUUUGCCACGCUCAUAGCCACACGUACACUGACGUAAAUCACACGCGCAUGUGUACACACGUACAUAUACAACUUGAGGAUCUUUUAUUAUUUAAUAACUCGAUGAUAGACGAUGAUCACUCACUGAUUGCUGAGAUUACUGUGAGGUAGAGAGGUGACUCUUUUUGCUAGAGUCGGUGAAUCGUUGCGAUUGGCAGGUCCAUACCGCUACUUAUUUCGGGAGUUAGAAAACGAAAAAAAAGGGUGAAGAGACAUUGCGGUUACGAUACCAUUGUACCAUAGCUGCAUAAUAAUUAAAUAAAGGUAAUGAUAAUUUGGAUGCGAGAGAAUGUCCCACGUUUUAAUGUACAAAUAUUUUCGAAUGAGAUAGUUAAAUAAAACGCAGUUAGAUCAGAGAAAAUGAAUUCGUUCUCGUAAGUAGUGAUGGGUUUGAUAUCUGAAAAAGAAAAUGAAAAAAAAAGAACUAUGCGGAGAUGGCAGUGUGUAAAAGGCUGCUUCCACCCACGGACUAAGAUCCUGCUGUAUGGAAACCAAGGAGAUGGCGGGAGUUGGACCGUUUGUACGUUGAUACUUGCGAAAGUAUCGCGAUUCGCGAUUUCUCGAUGGUUUGAAGAAAACGAAAAUUCGAAUAUUCUUUUAUAAGUACACAUGUAACGUGUCCAACGACCGAUCGAUGUGUCAAUGUAAUGAUGAUGAUAAUGAUAAUGAUGAUUGUUAUUAUUAUUAUUAUUAUUAUUAUUAUUAUUAUCAUCAUCAUGAUAAUAAUGAGAUGAUGAUAACGAUGACGAUGCGUAGAAAUCGUACCAUCUCCGGCAGUCUCUGUUAAUCUACGGUUUUAUACACAAUCCGCUAUGCUGUAUUUACACACGUGUUCGCUUCAAGAUAGUAAUUUGACGAUGAUUAUUGGCAAAGGACUAUCUUAAAGUACAGGUGCCUGAGCAAAAUGAAUACUUUAGCGUUCAUAGUAUACUAUACAUACAUAUAAGCAUAGCUCCAUUUAAUUUUAUUAUAAUACAAUGCCAAGCCCCGUUUGCAACAAGAAUACACACACAUAUACACACACAUACACAUACAUACGUAUAUACAUCCAGAGAGAGACUUGCGUCUUGUACGUCAAGCCCGACGGAGUACGACGGUGCACGUCGCGCUCGUGUACUCGACGCGAUUUGGAAAAUUCACUCAUUGGUGCUAACGGGUCUUACUCAAUCAGGCUGAUUGCCCACAUACCGUUACAUCCCUACGUUUGUUAGGUAAGCAUGAAAGGAAGUUUAAGACAUAAAAUCUGGUAAUGACAUGUGUCUAUGAUUAAACGUAAACGAACAUCCUAGGCUAAGAAUUUGGUUUGUGUGUUCAAGCUACUUUUGUACAGGAUACCAUCGCAUCAUCUCUUUCAACUUAACAGUAACCGACACCACAGACUAUAUAUUUCUGCCCAUUCCAUCAAAACUGAAACUUUCAUUGUAUUUUUAAGUAAAUACAUUUUGGAAAACAA